AUGGUUGGUCUUGCACUCAUGAGAAUAGAUCUUAUCCUCUUAUGGAGUGAAACAAGCCCCGUGAACGCCAAAUUGUCGCUCAAAAUGUCUCCCAAAGUUUUGAAUAGAUUCUCUUCUGAGGGUAAGGCAGGUUGCAAUAUUUUGUUCAUCUCCAAAAUAUGCCAUUUCAUGAAGAUUUUGGCCACACUGAAAAAUUGUACAUCAUGUGUACAUAAUGCCAAUAAGAGAAUUAUCUCAACAGAUUGCACCACUGAUGAGCAAUUUCUAUGUAUAAGGUCAUUGCCGAACAUCUUGCUAGCAUUGGUCACAUUGUGUGAAAGGUUAAUCUCCUGUAAAAAUCUGUUUAAGAAAACAAAACAGGACUUGAACUUAGGGUCCACUAAAGAGAGGCAAGCGCAGGCCUCAGCUGUGGAUUGGAUCACAAAAAUGCGAAUAAGGGCAGUGGUGCAUGACCUCGUCUCGGUACUUUCGAGAUCUUUCGUAUCUUUUCUUACUAAUGUCAUAGAUAAUGAACAUGCGGAGUCGAAUAAAAUAGAAGUACCAACAACACUUUUGAACUUACACGCAAUUCCAAUAGGUGAUGAGACAUGA